GUUCCAUUUCGACACGAUCACCAAUGUCCAUACGACAUCUGAUGUAUAUAGAUAGCCUCAUAUACUGGCCUUACUGAGCCUGGCAGUGGAGAUCAAUAGUUCUACGACACAACAUUGUUGCAAUCUGGAAGCCAGCAGACGGACAUGUCGCCAGCCGCCCUUACUCCCGAGCCAUCCUUCCAGGUUCAGCCGAUAAUCAAGCCUAAGGAUCAAAAGUUCGACUUCGGCGCUCUUGUGGAGGGACUCGAUCUCAACAUUAUUUCUGAUGACGAUGUCAAGCGGUUAAAGGAGACAAUCUGGACGCAUAAAGUUAUUGUCGUCAAAGGACAAAAAGAACUCUCUCCCGAGAAACAUUGGGAACUCGUGACACGUUUCGACCCAGAUGCUACCCAAGUGCAUAGCCACGGAAACUUGGCAACGUUCCAGAAGAAAGGUGGUGUGCUGUCCAAAGCUCGGGAUGUCUAUGGCAUUCCAGGAGCGGAGAACGUGCGCUUGAUCGGCAAAGGGUAUCAAGGCGACGACCACUACGGACUGAAGAAUCUGAACAUCAGCGGGUUAUCAAACAACUUCCACGCCGAGCCGCCCAAUGACAAAGACUUCGAAGAAGGCAUCACUCGCUUCCAAAGAUGGCACAUAGACGCACCAUUGUAUGCUCGCGAUCCCGCAUGGUUUACAACACUCCGGGCAAUCAAAUUGCCCGCUGGACCGGAUGUCGAGAUCAGAUGGGACGAUGGCUCCGGAUUGAGUAUGAAAACGCCUCCAGGACUCACGGCAUUUUUCAGCACGUCACAAUUGUACAAACUGCUCAGCACGGAGGAACAGCAGCUUGUCAAUCACAGCUGGGUGGAGUACGCGCCGCAUCCGUAUAUGUGGAUAGAGAAUUGCAAGGCGCCCUCGACCGGGCUUGGGCUGAAGAAUGAGGGUAAGGAGCAUACCAUGGAGGAGCUUGGUGACUACGACGAGAAGGAUAUCAAACGAUAUCCAUGUGUGUGGAUCAAUCCUGUCACGGGCGAGAAGGCCUUCCAAGUCCACGGACUAGGCGUGCGAAAGCUCUUCCUACGAUCGUCCGUGGAUGAGCAACCCGAGGUCGUCGAGGACGUGGUGGCUAUUCGGGCUUUCAUGCACAAGAUCCAAUCUCGCAUCCUUCGUCCUGAGUACAUCUGGCUGCCCGAGGUCGAAGAAGGCGAUAUAGUCAUGUGGGACAAUUAUGGCACAUUCCAUUCGGCUGUCGACUAUCCUCUCGAGAAGUACGGUCCUAGAACCAUGCAUCAGGCCAAUAUUGGAGCCAGUAAGGGGCCAGUGGGACCUGUGCCCAUACCGUCUGUGUGCUGAGUAUCAAGGGUCGGAAACUGCAGAGGCGGAUCGAUGACUCAGUGAGCAUUGAAUUGUGUAGUAGCCGUAAGGUCGUGGGGAGGUAUUACCGCCCGAGGCUGAGAUACUAUUUGGAAGACCCAAAAAU